AUGGCCGACAACCCCGAGGAGCCAUCGCAGAAUGCGGUGGCCGCAACCUUCCCGAACCCGCCUCCCUUCUGGAAGGACUUUACACCCGAGAAGUUGGCUCGCAUCGAGGACCUGCGCAAGGCCCAGGCUGAGAAGGAUGGCGUCGACGUAAAGGACUUGCCGCCGCGCAUACCCAAUAUUCCAGAGGAGCUCAUCAAUCUGAACCCCCCAUCCGAGCCAGCUUCUGGCACGUGGAAGGUUUUUGGGGCCAAUUAUACUCUUGACGACAAACUGCCGUCGCUGGAAGAGGGCGAGAUUCAGCGACUUGCCCCUGCUCCACCCGAGGAGAAGGACGGCAAGCACCUUGACCGUGCGUUUGAGCUCAAGAAGAUGGCGAAGUCCAUCCUGAUGAAUUUCCUCGAGCUGGUCAGCGUCAUGGCCACCACGCCAGACGAUGGCCAAGCCAAGGUCGAAGAUCUCAGAACGCUGUUUAUCAACUUCCACCACGUCCUCAACGAAUACCGACCCCACCAAGCCCGCGAAUCUGCCAUUGCGAUGAUGCAAUCCCACCUCGAUCGAACAAGAGCGGAGACGGCGGCCAUCAGUGCUCAGGUUGACAAGGCGAAGCGCCUGUUGGAAGGUUUGGGCAGCAUCGAGAUCCCCAAAGUCCCGGAAGUGAUCAGCUCGACUGUAGAUGGAGAGAUGACACCAGAAGAGCUGAAGGCGGCAGCCACGGCACGCGAGCUGGAGGUUUGGGCUACCGCAGACGCCAUGUUUCUCUAG